CGCGGUAAUUCAGAGAUAUUCUAGCCGUCAGGGAUGAAACGAUGAUUUGAAGUUGAUCAAUAAUAAUGCAAGCAUAAACUACUACCCAUACUACUUAAUAUCAACUACUACUACUACCACUGCUGGAGCAGAAAACCAUAGCAGCAGUGUCUUGUUCGAGCUGCAAACAGUUGUCUUGUACGAAUCCACAAAAAAGGCAUCGCGGAGAGACAUUGCGGGAGGGUAGGUGUAAUCAACCACACAAACACGCAUUAUAAACGCAACGCGGUGACUUGCAUUUACACCACGAUCUUAGUCGUAGUAAAAGUUCGUAAAAGAGUACAGCAGAGGCAUCUCUUGAAGUCAAGGAAAUCGAUUUGCAAGGGGAUGAUGGCAAAUAACUACUCACAUCCUCCCUUUUUAAGCUGACCGAUACUUUUGCUUUGAACUCAGCGCUUUGCAAACUGUGUACUAGCUGGAUGUGUACUAACUCGAUACCAAGCGGCCGUGUUGCACUAUUCACUGAGCCUUGGGACGCGAAAUGGACCCGGUCUUGACCUUAGUGCCAAAGAUAACUGGAUUGAUGCUAUUCCACCAUCUCCCCGAAAAAAAAAACAGAUAAAAAACACACCAGCCCCCCACCCCUUCCUUGUCCUUUCAUCGCUCCUAACGGGCUCCAGUUUUAGAACAACACAUGGCGCCAUCAUUCAUACUCCCCAUACCGCAUGUUCGCCAUUCUGUAUCCGUAUGUGUGCGUGUGUAUGCGAGUGUCUAUGUUGGAGAGGAUGGCUUUCGAUCAGUAAGCUAGCAAAACCUCAAAUGGUGCUUAUUGUUGUUGUACAAUCAGCAAAAUGCGCUGUAGAUUUUGUCUGUCUAGUGUGGUUAAGACGCCAAGGUAGAAUGCAAUACAUACAAGCAAAUUAUUAAAUGACCCGGAGUACCAAACCCCAAAUCGCUCCCACUGCUGCUAUCAAUGUCACCCGAAUGCUUUCACAGUACCAACUCACCUACACACAAAUACACUCUCAAGAAAUCACACACACACACACACACACUUUACUACACACACAUACACACACAUACACACACGGUUGCACACGUCACCAAAAUCUCACA